AGGGCUGUCUCUUCUCUCUGCUCUUUCAGACUCGACGCAAUUUCUCAAGGUCGACAUCGAUUGCCGAUCCAUCAUCGAACCAUCAGACCUCAAACAAGCGUUGCAUUGUCCGGCAUCUACAGCCACCAUGAGUAGCCUGGCUACGCCGCCUAUUCCUCCUCAUUUCCACGAACACACCCGCCUCUCCCCCAACAGAUCAAUGUCAGGCACUACUUCGUCGAGAAAACGCAAAGCAUCCCCAUCACCGGACCGAGACGAUGAAAUGUCAACAUCACCUGCUAUGUCCAAUGCUCGAUUACCACAAGCCUUAACCCCUUCAUCCAGAAAGAGAGUACGCCCCAACUUGGCUGGGAGACCAUUGUCAGUCGAUAGAUUGCUUGAAACAUUAGACAAAGAUUCGCUCAGAUCAGUCUUGAAAACACUCUGUGAUCGAAAUCCCGGACUGCGGGAAGAAGUCAUGCAAGUCAGCCCGAGACCGAGCAUCCAAAGUACUUUGCAGGUUCUACGACAAUAUUACGAUCGACUGAUGCAGUCAUUCCCCUUGGAUCCUAAUCCACGAUCCGACUACUCUUAUGACCGAGUUCGGCCGCAAUGGCACGAUCUGCUCGAAGCUCUUACAGACUUUACACCACAUUUCCUUCCACCAAAUGAACAACAGUCCUCGACAUCGCUCGAAUACCUCGAUGAGGUCACAAGAAUCAUCCACGACUUGCCAGAGUGGGAUAAUCAAUCAUUCAACCUUGCCAAACAGAAUGCCUACGAAGAAAUUUCGAGGGCUUGGGCUAGCGUCAUCAAAGAAGCAAGUAAAAGAGGUGGCGGCAUUCAGCUUCAAUAUAGUGGGUGGGAGGAGAAAUUGAGAGGUCACAACAGCAAGAGCGGGGGCAGAUUACGAGAAGCCUACGAGGCACUUGUCGAUGCUCUUGGAUGGCUGAGGCCGUCAACUCAGCCAACGCAGCAGCAGAGUAUCCGUCAACAACUUUUUUCGAACACCUACGCCAUGGAGCAACCCACCAUGCGUACUGGCAAUUGGUGAGAUGACACCACAACAGCAGGAAUACGAACUUUUUCCAUCGGGGUUGAAGUCUAGUGACCAUUGAGUGUGUCAUACACACCGUCCCUAGGGCUGCCCUCCGAGAUCUCUGUCAGUGAACAGCGCAUAACAGAGGCCAACAUACACACACGCAUAUGCUUCACACACAGCAGCACAUCAUGUCGACACGAAUUUCCUUUGUCAUAGGGUGGCGAAACGGAGCAUUUUCUUUCACGAUCAAGUCGGCCGAUUAUUCCCACCUGCGAGUCCUUGCUUCUCCUUCUUUGUUACAGACAUUAUCCAUGCACAUGCACAGGUUAACGUUCAUAUUUCUUAUUCCUUCGAAAUGAUGGCAUCGGGGCAUUACAUGCAUGUCCACCGGGUUGGGACUCAGGCAUUGAAGGGCACCACACCAGCCACAUCUUGUCCUCUCAGGCUUGUGUAGGGCAUAGGGUUUGGUUGUUUGCGGUUGAAAUGA